UUUGUUCCAAAUUCUCAUCAAGGUCCCGAAAACGAAAAUUUAACAUACGUUAUAGGUAUUUGUCGCAGUAAUAAUAUUAUUAUCUUUAGACCAAAGACUUUAGUGGCGCCAUAAAUUUUAAAUUGCGUGGCAUGCUAAACUUUUUCACAAGAGAACGGUACCGUCCUACGACCAAAACCGGUCGCCGCCGCGCAUCCCCCACCAACUAUCCGUUGUAAGCGUGAUCACUAGGUCUCGACGUACCAAUCGAAUCAUUUUACAAUUUUACAUGCGCGAAACGGUCCAGUUCUCUCGUGAGAAAGGUUGGAGAGUAUAAGUAGUACUGUAUUAUCUAUGAGUAUUGAGUAGUACAAAUUCCGGUUACAGUUUGUUAAUCAACAAUAUGUUGAUAUGCAUACUUAAUAUAGUUAUGUUAUGAUGAUUUGGAAUUUAGGUAGAUCAUGAAUGACAAAUGACUCACGUUUGAACUUAAUUUAUUUUUUUAAAAAAUGAAUGUGAGGUAUCGAUCUAUCAUAGACUUGAUGAGAACGAUUUCCAAAAAUUAUUGUACCCAUAGUGAGCAAUAUUAUGCUAAACAAAUAAAAAAUGCAACUGUUGUGUGUACAAACCACUUGACUCCAGAAAUAAAAUUGCAUUUAAUUACUGAACAAUGCCAACUAUGGCAUUCGCCUGCCAAUGAAUGUCAGUUUAAUGAUCCUUUCUGGGCAUUUUAUUGGCCUGGUGGCCAAGCUAUUUCCAGGUUUAUACUAGAUAACAGCAAGUAUGUGAAUAACAAAACGAUUUUGGAUAUCGGUAGUGGUAGUGCUGCUUGCAGUCUUGCAUCAGCUAUAGCGGGUGCCAGUCAAGUUACGGCUAAUGACAUAGAUCCUGUUGCAUGUGUAGCAGCAAAACUAAAUGCUCAGUUAAACAACAUCAACAUUCAUGUAUUGUCUAAGAACAUUUUGUUCAAUGAUUGUUCACAAUGGGAAGUCGUCAUUGUUGGAGAUAUGUUUUAUUCACAAGAUAUUGCUGAUGUACUGUGGAAAUGGCUGGACGCACUGUGUAACAAAGGGAAAACUAUACUGAUUGGUGAUCCGGGUAGACAUUGUUUUAAGCCUGAACGCCAUUUACAGGAGCGUUUAAAAAAACUUAAAGAAUACAAAUUAACAGAAAAUUGUUGUUUGGAAAAUCGAGGUUUUUCGACUGCAUCUGUUUGGAUUUUAGAAUAAAAUUAUUAGAGUACCAUACAGAAAAAAGAUUCAGUUGAGGUUGUAAGUUGGCCAUAGCUAUAAGAGUUUAUCAUGAAUUCAUGAGAUCAUCAGCAUAAUCAGCAACAAGGGUGUCUUGCAAUACAGGUUGAUCCGAGGCAUACAUAUUAGGUAUAUUAAAAUAAAAAAACCUAAUCAAUUAUGUACAGAAAAUUAUUGUUAAAAAUUUGUCCAAAUAUAUUAAAAUUAUUAUACAAUGCAA